UUCCAACGCGCAGGCGCAGAGCGUGCGUGAAGAUGGCGGCCCCCGUGGAUCUGGAGCUGAAGAAGGCCUUCACAGAGCUCCAGGCCAAAGUUAUUGACACGCAACAGAAGGUGAAGCUUGCAGACAUACAGAUUGAACAACUAAACAGAACAAAAAAGCAUGCACACCUUACCGAUACAGAGAUUAUGACUUUGGUAGAUGAAACUAACAUGUAUGAAGGUGUAGGAAGAAUGUUUAUUCUUCAAUCCAAAGAGGUAAUUCACAACCAGCUGUUAGAGAAACAGAAAAUAGCAGAAGAAAAAAUUAAAGAACUAGAGCAGAAAAAGUCCUACCUGGAGCGCAGCGUUAAGGAAGCGGAGGACAACAUCCGGGAGAUGCUGAUGGCACGGAGGGCACAGUAGGAGCGGCCGAGAGCAGCACUUCCCCGACUCCUCUCGUCCCGGCAGGAACGGAGGGGCUUGUGCCAGCGUAACCCCCCUCCGCGAGAUGGACCUUUCAUUCUGAAUGGCAUCAACCCCCACUUUCCUCUGUGUGUGUUCUCUGCCGCCGCCCUGCCCAGGACACCUUUGGAACCUGGGGUGAGCCAGGCAUUUCCAGGAGAGAAGACGGGGUCCUGGGAAGACGGGGAGGCUUUGUCUGAGUCUGCUGCUAGGUAAACUGUCAGACCAAUAAAAGUCAAUGUCCCAC